UUUACUAGAUGCGUGACGCUUGUAGUUGUCGUUUUACUGGUACUCAACACAUUGGCCAGGCAGGGUUUCUUAACGAACCACAGUAAUGGAGGAGGAAGGAAUGAUUCCAUAGCGUUAAAGAAUCUACCAAACUCCAUAGCUCAUAUAUCUCUCCACCACGUCACUCUUCUUCUUCUUCAACUCGAUUUUAUUUACUUCCAAGAAAAACAAGAAGAUGGUGAAUCAGGAAAACGACGACGUUUCGUCUUCCUUCACCGAUUUUCCGGUGGACAUCCAGGUCUGCAUCCUCUCUUUCCUCGCCCCAUCGGAAAUCGCCACCCUGGCCUGCACGUCCAAGCAAUUGGGUUCUCUCUGUGCCCGUGACUCCAAGCUGUGGUUCAGCAUGUGCCAGCGCAGGUGGGGUUCCAAGACCACCAUCACACAAUGGGGCAAAGCCAAGGGCACAAUCUCCUACAAGCACCUCUACCAUACCCUUCACCACUGGGAGAAUCUCCUUGGUUUUUGGCGCCGAAGCGGAUCUGAAACCCCUUUGUUGCUAUUCUUCGAAUGGGGUCCCUCGUUUAUCUCCGCGUCUAGGGUUUCCCCUUCCGAAUCCCUCGCCUAUGGAGUCACCAAAACGCCUUUCCUCUGGAUGAGUCUCUCGGAAGAUGGGGACGUGGUUACAUUUCUCGAUCCUGAUGGAAAGCCCGGGGUGGAACGCGGGAUUCAGAGCGAAUUGGUUGCUGUGGAGGUUAGUUUAAUGGGAAAAACGCACUUUGUUGUGGAGGAAAAGCAGUUUAGGGGUUCUAUCAGUGAUGAUUGCGGAGAUGAGGUUGUGGAGAGUGGAUCGCCGCCGGAGAAACUGAUGGCGGAGAUUUACCAGCAUUUCGCGAAUCCGCGGAGUCCUGGCGGGGACCGGUCCCGGAGACAGCGCCGCAGGGAGAAGGAGAGGCUCGCUAGGCGGAAGUGGGAGUCUCAACAUUUUGUCAAGAUCGUGAAUUGCUCGCCCACGCCGGAGAGACCCUUGCAGGGCAUCUGGAAGGGAAUUUGUGGCGACAGGAGUCUGGCAUUUUACCUGGUUGCAUAUGAUGAUAUUGGAGGCAUUUCCUGCCGUCGGAUCGGGGAUCAUCCAGAACGAAUUUUGGGAUAUGGCCCAGUUUUCUGGACGUCAAAUGCUACAUUUUUGGAAUCUCCAUUUCCUCUCGAGGAAGAAUCAUUGUACGCUAGUCGGGUUCAUCUUAGACCACUCCAACCUGUCAAUGAAAGUGAGUUCUCUUUGUCAGAUGAUGAAGUGGUGAACGGAAUUCAGGAUAUCCGGGUCUCAGAAAAUGUAGUAAAUAGGAUUCUUCACAUAAGCUCAAGUUAUGAUUUAGUUGUUCCAAACCUUUCCGGGACAAUAAAUCCAAGUGCUGAGGGAAGGAUUUGGCAGUACCAGAACGGUACUUUUGGAUUUGGAUUCCUCUCAGAUAAUUUGGUUAUAGACAUGAAACACAUUGUACAUAAUGGUUGUAUUGUGGAUACUGUAAAGGCUUCUCCUCAUUGAUUUCCUCUCCUGCACUUUCUCUGUUCAUAUAGAUACAUCAUGAAGUCAGAUGUCACUUAAACUUUGUGGCAUAUUGUAUGGUUAGCUUUGAAAUAAUAACAAUUCUUCUAGACUGUA